AUGGCUCAGAGACGAAAAACAGUGGGCGACUUCGUUAUUGGUAAUACGAUUGGCGAAGGCACAUUCGGCAAGGUGCGGUCGGGCAUUCAUCGACUCACAGGUAAGAAACAGAUGUAGUAAUGACUUUUUUCUCGCUAUCUUCAACAUGUAUUUGUCUCAAAAAGGCGAAAAGGUGGCGAUAAAGGUCCUCGAGAAGGAGCGGAUUGUCGAGCGUGCGGAUGUAGAGAGAGUCGCGCGUGAGAUCAGCAUACUCAAGAAACUACGACACCCCCAUGUCAUACAGCUGUAUGAGGUGAGGGAAGCAGACUGCGAGAUGAACGGCACAUCGCAUGUGGGCUGGCCAAUGGCUAUGAACCAUGACGCCGCUUCGGUUCAGAUUGUUGAGACUCCCCGGCAGCUUUACUUGAUCAUGGAGCUUGCAAGUGGCGGAGAGCUCUUCGACUACAUUGUGCAGUCGAAGCGUGUAAAGGAGCAGGAGGCGUGUAAGUUCUUCCAUCAAAUUCUGGCAGGAGUCGAGAAGAUACAUCAAGAGGGUGUCGUUCACAGGUAGAGACUGUGGUAGAGACUGUGGAAAGAGGAAAAAUUGACAUUCGCAACGUUUUCAGAGACUUGAAGCCCGAGAACUUAUUGCUCGAUGAACAUCACACUAUCAAGAUCGUGGACUUUGGGCUUUCAAACCAAUAUAUGCGUGGCGAGUUGCUGAAAACAGCUUGUGGAUCGCCGUGCUACGCAGCGCCCGAGGUACGCAAGUAUGGUUCAAUGAGACCUCGUGUGUGCAUACGUGAUGAAUUGCAUACAUGAGACAGAUGAUUGCCGGGAAGCACUAUGACCCGCUCUUCUGCGACAUUUGGAGUUGCGGGUUAGGAAGCGCAGCAUUGGCUGAAACAGGUGCCAUCGUGUGUGGCUGCCUUUGCUUCAGUGUUAUCUUGUUUGCGCUGGUGGCCGGUUAUCUUCCAUUUGAGGACACCAGCACUCCCAAACUCUAUUCCAAGAUCCUGAAUGGACAGUAUCAGGUAGGAGGACUGAAAGCGCAACCAGAAGGCACGAGACUGAUGUCUGUGAUGUCAGAUGCCCGCAUUCUUGUCCCGCAGUGUUAAGGAUCUGAUACGAGGAAUCUUGACCACCGACCCUUCCCUCCGCUUCACACUGGAACGGAUCAGAGACCACCCCUGGUAUGGAUAAGGGAUGGGUGGAUCGCUGCCGGGAAAAUGAGGCAUCUGCAAUGACACGUCCAGGUACAAGCAGCCCGAUGUCAUACUGCCGCAGCGCCCCCUGAGGCUCAGUGAAGGUGCUGACUUCCGGAGCUGUGAGGUAAGAUGACACAAACGCGGUCAUGGACAAUGCUCCGACCCAGACUGUCUGUCCUGGUUCACCAGGUCAUUGGCUGUGAGCGCUGCCACACCUGGCUCGAAAGGGAGGUGCCCGACCCCGCCAUACUAAAACAGAUGGCACAGAUCAAGACAGACAGCAAAGUUGGAUUCUCGCACGAAUACGUCACAAGAUGCCUACAGAUCAACAAACAUAACUCAGCAACCACCACGUAAGUCAGACAAAAGACAGAUUCGUGAUUCUACUUGCCGGCCAUCUUCUGCUUGUUGUCAUCUUUUGCUGUCGCUGUAGUUAUUAUCUUCUCCUGAACAAGUAUAUCAAACUUCGAGAGCGCAGUAAGCAAAGAUGAUAGCAUUUUCCAUGGGCAUGUUUUCAUGGGUAUCUGUCAGAUGGCACUCACCGUUCCAGCGAGGGCAGUCAGACAUAUCGCGCCUCCCUCAUAAACAAGCCACGGCCAAGACAGUCCCAUUUCGCCACAGACAGUGUGAGAAAUCAAUGUCACGCCCCCCUUCCACACACACGAACAUAAUCAAUCAAUGUGGUACACGUCAGCUUUUCACUGCGUAUGGUCAUCUUUUGCGGCGCGAGAGGGGUGCAGGGGAUCACACGGAAAGGGACCGCCCGUCCCCCUUCCUCGGCAGAUCAGGGCAAGCCACAAGGCACAUUCGCGCUCAAAAACACCCAGCUGGCGCGCGUCCGGUGAGACCCCAUCAGUGCCAUCGACUCAGGUCUCGCAUGAUCGAUGAUCGCAUGCUUGUGACCCUACUGUUUCUAUGUAAUUCAGGCUGCAACUGACCUUGUGGCUUCUGCUCCCGGCGCGGAUGAGCGUGCCUGCACAAGCCAAUUCAGCAGACCACUGGGCACAGUGCCUCUCACUGGACAAGGCAGCAUGCGCAGACCGGUCCCGUGCAGGCAGCACCGUCCAAGACGUAAGACCACCUAGUUAGAUGCGUAAAACUGAGGAACCGUCUGAGGAUUUGUGUCCAGCGUCGAGCAUUUCGACUUCGUAUCCAACCCCUGAUCGUAUUUCUCUCGACAACCACCAACCACGACCGAAGCCACAGGAACUGGGUUUUUCAGCCGUGGGAAACAAGCGAUCCCCACGACAUUCCUUUGAGCCGAGGAACUCGAAGGAAGCAGGUAUCUGAGAAUAAUAUGGUAUGCCAUGGUUUCAUUUGUUGAGGUACGUCACCGGUAGCUGACGGAAGAACCGAGCCAAUGCCAGUGACAUCCAUCCGACUCGGUGCAUGGGAAGGAGAGUCGCCUGAAUUCACCAUUGAAGCACUCCGCUUCGCUCCUCACGUCGCUAGCGAGAGUAAGGGACAGAGGGCGAGAGUUGCCUGAUGUCUGCUGACAAAGUUCUUUUGACUUCACAGGCCCAUCGUCAUGCUACAGUCGCACUAAUGGAAGUAGGUCGACAGGAAGGGUUUGUCGCUUUCUCCACCAGUAUUCCGACUUUCAGCUACAUUGAGCGCGUGGAGCGUCCAUCCUCUGGCAUCGCCGGUACACAUGAGGCAGCAAUUCGUGUCUCUCUUUCCAUUUGUAUCCUCUUAUACAGUUGACGCAUAGCUACUGCCGAAACGUUGCAGACCGGCAAAGGAGUGGAAUCAAUCAUGCCGGCCACACUGAACGUAAAGAAUAAGCAGAGAGACACGCUCGGCCACAUGCGGAAACACAUUUAGUUACUCUGUUUCAGUUCGUCCGUCCACAGCUGCUUGUCGGCUUCCUUUUUCGUCUAAACAGAGAUUUGUUGGUGGCAGCAAUGUGUCUGAGCGUGCUCGCAUUCGUGGUGAAAACCGUCUCAAGACCAGCGACGCAAAGACAAGAGGCACUGGAGGCGCGAUGUCAUCCAAGAUAUCGCCACAAGGUCGAGUACACGGCAGUGAGAUGUGGCGAGAGCGAUCUUAUGUCUCAUGUCACGUCGUCUCUUUCAGCUACCCAGCUCGAUCCUGAGGAACCAGUGUCGUCUCGUAUCCGCCGCGACAUUCCGGUGUGCACCAAAGCUGAUGCGCGUCAACACUAUCCUCGUCCACAGACGCCGGCCCUGUAAACAUGAUUAACUGUAUUCUUUCCCUUAAUGCUCCAUCCCUAUUCAUGCGUUGCCCGCAGGCCCCAUGGUGUCCCAUCACCUUCGAACCUCAUUCGUAAGCGACGGUAUUCUGCAUCGUCAAACGCGAAGACAGGACAGACAACUCAAGACGGUGGCUCGCUUGUUGGUGAUGCAACGGGAACAAAAAUGGACGGAACAAACAGCGGACAAGCGACCAGAAGUGAGAGCCCGAGGGUGCUCAGAACACGUCACUAACAAUCAUGCAAUGCGUUUCCCUUCAGAAAAUCACUUGAUCGCUCCAGUCCGACCUCUCAGUGGCGCAGUGACGGCAAGGUACAUCCUUUUUAUCCAGCCCACUCUUGCGCUCACCUGUCUAUUGUGCAGAGGACAGACAUUGACCCCCUGGUGGAACGGACGAUCUCUUAACCGAAGAUUUGUUGACCCACCCCUCUCAGCCCGCAGUGGAAAUGAGAUUCAAAGAGAAAAGGAAAUACUGUGA